AUGGAAGGGCAGAAGGGCCAGAAGGUCACUGUCAUUGCAUCCAUACAUCAGCCAUCGUCACAGGUCUUCCGGCUUUUUGAUCGUCUCCACUUCCUUGUCGACGGAAGAACCGCUUUCUUUGGUCCGGCCAAGCAGCUGGAAGCAUACUUCUCGAGCAUCGGGUACCCGAUGCCUGAUCACACCAUGCCUGCCGAUUUUGUGAUGAAGCUGUGCAUUAAUCCGCGGGAUCCAGACGGUGCUGCAAGCCGGCGUAUCGCAAUCGGUGACGCAUGGGAGAAGCAAUGGCCCAAUGAUGAUGCUCGUGCGAAUGAUGCCCCGAUCAAGAUCAUGGGCAAAGAUGCCGUUUCUGAAAGCCCAGACGAUGAUCGUGGCAGAAACUGCUUUCUGCAGCUGAUCCAGAUGACGAAGCGUGAGGUGAUCAUGAAGACACGUGCGAAAGCAGAAUUGCGAUCAUCUGUGAUCCGGACAAUUGUUCUGGGGUUGAUCUUCGGCCUCACCUUCUUUCAGAUCGAGAAGACCCAAACGGCCCUCUUCGCACUGAAUGGCUGUAUUUUCUUUGUCAUGAUGAUGCAGGUGAUGAACACAUGUAUGGGUGGUGCCAUGGGCAUCCCAACGCGCCUGCCCACAUUGAUCCGUGAACACCGAAAUGGAGCGUAUUCGGUUCCCUCAAUCUACAUCAGUAAGUUCCUCGCGGACUUGCCCUUUGAUUUUGGAAUUGCCCUUCUCUGGUCGACGAUGCUGUUCUGGAUGGUGGGAUUCCGAAGCUCCUUUGAGAACUUCUUCUGGUUCUUCUUUACAAUCUAUCUCCUCACUUCUGUUGCCACUGGCAUUGGCUACUUGGGCGGCUACGUUGCGCCAAUCGGGGCCGUGGGAAUGCUUGUGGUGCUUCUCAACGUCAUGCCUCAGAUGAUGAUGGGGGGCCUCUUCAUCAAUUUAGACUCCGUUCCUGUCGGGCUGGUAUGGCUGAAAGCAAUCUCGAUGUUCCGUCACAGCUUCGAGGCUUUGAUGAUCAACCAGUGGCAAGACUUUGGCGACCUGCCAUGCGAUGGGCCGUGCAUCGCGCAAAACGGAGAGGAGGUCUUGGCGUGGAGCGGAAUCAAUCCCGACACAGCUAGCUACAUGGUGUCAAUGUUGUACCUCCUGAUUCCGCUUUGCUGCUAUCACAGCUUGGCUUUCUUUCUGCUGAUGCGUCGGGCACGUCCUCGACAGUUCGAGGGUGCUGCCCCAGAAGAUGACACAAAGGGGGAGCUGCGCCGCCAAGACGAAGAAAAGCCAAAGUUGACUGACAUUCCUCGGCCUGAGCUGUUGAUGGCUUGGGAGAAGCUGACCAUAGAUGUGCAGCGAAACGAAACCGGGAAGGUGCAGACUUGUCGGAUUCUGGAUGGCCCGAGCGGUCACCUCGAGCCGGGUCAGCUCACGGCGAUUAUGGGGCCCUCGGGUUCUGGGAAGUCGACGCUCUUGAAGUCCAUUGCGGGCAUCGGCGAGCUUCCGUUGUUGCCAGGAUCCAGUGUGAAGAUCAACGGUGGGGAGUGGACGCCGGAAAUGCGCGAUCACAGCGGAUUUCUCUUUCAAGAUGAGCAGCUGUUUGCAGGACUCACUGUCCGGGAGCACCUGCUCUUCCAAUGCCGAUUCCGUAUAGGAGUUUUCUCGAAAGCUGAAAGCGAGCAGCGGGUUGAUGCGCUGAUCACGGAGCUCGGACUGGCAAAGUGCAAGAACACUCUCAUCGGCAACAUUGGAGCGGGAAUUUCAGGUGGUGAGCGGCGGCGCCUGGCCUUCGCUACGGAGCUGUUGACUGAGCCUUCGGUGCUUUUCGCUGACGAAGCCACCAGUGGUUUGGAUUCUGCCAUGGCGUACAACGUAUGCAAGAUGUUACGGGACUUCGCACGAGGCGAGGGUUCCGGACGGAAGCGCACAGUCUUCGCGACGAUUCACCAGCCGAGUGAGGAGGUGUUCAAUCUGUUUGACAAGGUGCUGAUCUUGGUGGACGGCGCAGUCGUUUAUCAUGGGGCGCCUUCUGAUGCCCUCGCACAUUACCAGGCGCUGGGCCUGGCUUGCCCACAUGACGAAAGCCCUGCUGACUUCUUUAUGCGAUGCGUGGCCGUAAAUGCCGGCGAAGAGGCCGCACGGGAGGAGGCCCGAUUGAACGUGAAGAAGCUCCAGCAGGCCGUACAACAGGUCGAUGCCCCCAAGGUGCCACAAGACCAAGCCUCGGACAAGUCGUUGAAGAGCUCAGCCUUGGGAGCAUUGGGAGCACUUGUGCAGCGUGAAUUUCUGUUGCGCCGCCGAAGCAAGAUUCUCUUCAAGGCGGUGCUUGCACGGACCCUUCUGAUGGCCGUUCUCUUCGGUUCGCUCUAUUGGCAAAUUCCCAACAAUCAGGCCUCCUGGCAAAGUAUCAUGGGCUUGCUUAACAUGAUGAUGAUCAACACCUUCAUGACGGCCGGCUUCGGCCUCACGCAAGAACUGCCGCUGGCUUUGCGACCUGCAUUCCGUGAGACCACUGCCGGCAUGUACUCCAUCUCUGCAUGGUUUUGGUCCAAAGUGAUUGGUGAUUUCCCUGUGGAUACUCUGGCUCCCUUCAUCCUCUCCUCGACGGUGUUCCUCAUGACAGGGAUUGGCAAGACUGGCGAGUCGUACGCCAUGUUUGUGCUGAUGUCGGUGCUAGUUUCCCACAUCGGCGCUGCUUGGGGCUAUCUUUGCAGCAUGAUUGGCGGCAGAAUUGAGUAUGCUUUCGCGACAUUUCUGCUGACAAUCUUCCCUUUCUUGACAUUCAACGGUUUCUUGAUCACCACCGAUGACAUCCCCGUGUACUUCAGGUGGAUUGAAGUCAUCGGCCCUUUCAAACCGAUCUUCUCGGAGUAUGCCUUUGCAAUCUGGGGCAGCCGCGGUGAUCUUGAAUGUCCAUCUCGCCCAUGCCUAGAGAACGGAGACGCCGUGCUGUCUUUCUUUGGCUUGCGGCGAGAAGACCAGCCCACAAACUGGGCGAUAAUCAUUGGCUACCUCGUAGGAGCACGAUUGCUGGCAUGGAUGGUUCUGCUGCUUCGUGUGGAGAUCUCGAACCGGCGGCUCCACAACCACCAGCGGAAGGCAUAUAGUAAGAAGGUGACAGCUUCAGCUUCACCGGAUGAUGCUGACAUCUUGAACCUGUAUUGGCAGCAGUGGCUUCAGAAGUGUCUCUUUGUCGCGAUGCAGCUGGUAAGAUUGCAGCAAGCACACAAGAAUGAUAAUUCCGUGUUGGGAUGCUUGAGCCUGGUGCCUCUACAACAGGUGCACCAGGCUCCGUAUCACACAAUGUUGCCACGCUUCCAGUGGAUUGCUGAAAACGUGGCCAGUGCAUUUGGAAGAGAGGAGGAGAAUCAGAUCAGAAAAGUCGAAAGCUUGAUUCAGGAAAACCUGAACUACAAAAAGCUGACAGAGUUCCUCGAAGGAAGGACAAAGCAGCAACACAUCUUCUUCUUCUACCAGCGCCCUGAUGCCACCAACGAGCACAAUGAGAUUAUAGAUGCUGACAAGGACUGCAAGUUCACCAUCACAACGGGCGAGAACGAGCGAAUCAAAAGCCUUGCAGUGUACUUCCUGAGGAAUGUGCCGCAAGACCGAGCUAUCAAAACAGACGUGUUCUCGGACCAGGAGCUCCUCUUUGGCGAGGUGACCCCGAAUCCACUGGAGAGCCUCAGCACCACCCUCGCGACGGUUUUCCAGCCGAUUGCGGCGAGACAGGAAGCCAAUUGGGGACAAUGCGACGAAGAGCAGAAGACCGACUUCCUGACAAACUUCGAGAAAUUCACGGUGGAGCUCUCGGAGUCGAUCUCGGCGCUGAGCGGCGGCAUCGUCCUGCAGAAGGACUUGCCUUCGGGCAUGUGGCUGGACCCUGCCAGCCCGCAAUACCAGGCCUUACUCCUAUCAUGGCGGAUCAAUUUCCACAACGUAAAGCAUCCACCAUCUAGCCAAAGCGGUAUGCCGCCGCUGAUAAGGCCAAAGUGGCAUCUCGGUCUCUGGUUGCUCGUGGCCGUUGUGGCCGGCUCGGAAGCAAACUCGACAGAGGAGCAGGGCUCCGCCGCAACUACUGCACAGGUGGAGACCGCGGAGACGGGCGAAUCAGUUCCCACAGCUGCGGAAGCCCAGAAUGACUCCGCAGAUUCGGAUUCUUCUGGGGAGUUCGUUCUUCCGGACAAGUCGGCAUGUCAGCUCUGCCCGGUUCGACUAGUCGAAGUGGCCUCCAAGGAUGAUGAGGCUGGAGAAGCGGGUGCAGCAGGACUUCAUCUAAGCGAAGCUGGGUUGGAGUACUUGGCUGCUCAACGCUCACCGCUUUUCCUCGUGCCUGCGCUUGGUGUUUACCGUGGUGGGAAGUCGCUGUUGCUUAACCGCUUGAUGGGGCUCAAGGCACCUUACGAAGGUGGCUUUGGUGUGGGGCACGGGCAGCAGACGUUUACGAGGGGGAUUGACAUAUGUGCUGAGCCUAUCUCCUCUGGUGGAACAGUGGUAUGGAUGGACACAGAAGGCCUCUUCUCCUCCGAGGAUGCUCGAAGCUCUUAUGGACCCAAGAUCUUCAGCUUGGCUCUAUUAUUCUCCUCCGCGGUGUUGCUUAACAACCUCAAGGUGCUCAACCAGCAGUUCUUCGUCUUCUUCGAGGAGCAACAACAG